ACCCCCAACAAGGGGGAAUCCCGCUGGGACCGACAGUUCCCCAUCCCUCCUCCAGGGGGCGCCUUCCGGCAGUCCCUCGCAGCAGCCCAUUUCCUGCUCCAGACGAAGCACGAGUGCCAUUUCUUCAACGGGACGCAGCAGGUGCGACUCCUGGACCGGGACAUCUACGACCGGCAGGAGAUCAACUACUACGACAGCGACCUCGGGAAAUUCGUAGCUGUCACUCCGUUGGGGCAGCCCGAUGUGGACCAGUGGAACAGCGAUAAGUUCCAUCCAUUUCUAAAGAAGAGGGAACUGUACAAUCUUUCCCUGCUGAAAGUGUACUUGGAUCAGAAUGGAGACAUAGCAGCAGAUCUGCAGAUCAUUAGUAAGGUGAUUCUCCCCAAGGAGGAUCCCAUCGAACAGGCAGGCCUUGUUUUAAUCAUAUUCCUUAAAUACCUAGAAACUCCCAUUGUCAAAGCCAACAACCGGGACCUCUCCUUUAUCCUCCUAGUCUCCCUCCUGCUUUGUUUUUUGUCUCCCUUUCUCUUCAUUGGACAACCAAGGAAAGCCACUUGUCUUCUCCGACAAACAAUGUUCAGUAUUGUCUUCUCAGUAGCAGUGUCUUCUGUGUUGUCCAAAACAAUCACAGUAGUGCUGGCCUUCCUGGCCUCAAAACCAGGGAGCAGGAUGAGGAGAUGGUUGGGAAAGAGCUUGGCCAACUCCAUCAUCCUUUCUUGUUCAGGUGUCCAAAUUUCUAUCUGUGUCAUGUGGCUGGGAGUUUCUCCACCAUUCCCUGACUCUGACCUGCACUCCCAGCCUGGAGAGAUCAUCCUUCAAUGCAAUGAAGGCUCUGUCACUUUGUUUUAUAUUGUCCUUGGCUACAUGGGCUUCCUGGCUGCCAUUUGCUUCACGGUGGCUUUCUUGGCCAGAAACCUGCCUGGGGCCUUCAAUGAAGCCAAACUGAUCACCUUCAGCAUGCUG